CAUGCUGCGCAUAUCUGCAAGUUUCAGGCCUGCACAGUGAAGGCUAACUGUUGCCGGUAUUCCAUCUUGCGCCGGCGCAGCCAUGGCAGCUGGGCACGCUCACCCAGCGAAAAUGGCGACAAGGCGAUAUUGAGCCCAUAUAUGCCACAGCUGUUCCAAGAUCGGGCCCUGCACGGUAAUCGAGUCCGGGGUAUGCUGAUCCAUUCUUCAUAGAGAAAGAUGCUCACCAGGAGGGCUGUGGAAUUGGCUUCGAGAUCGCAAAGGAACUCAGGAGCGCUUAAGCGAUGGUGGUGAGUAAAUCCGGGGGAGAAUCCGCGGCAUCUGGAUGUUUAGAGCCGGGUAGGAAGCGGUCUAGGAGCGCUGCUCGAAAAGGACCACGGUAUCCCGAAGCCGCCCGUCGCGCUGACGGUAGCACUGCACUAUCCGCACGGCAUCUCUGUGCCGAGUACGAACAGUACCCAUCCGUGACUGUUUGGUGUCGAGAAUUGAAGAAGCCCAAGAACGGGAACCCCACCGGCCGUAGGGAAGCCCGACCUGUCAGCCCGGACCUGGCAAAACGUGGCGCAAUCCUGGUACGGACCCUUUGUUGUGUAUAUUCCUCGCUUCAUCUCCCUCGCGGAACUCAAGGCUCCUCCAUAUACAUCCUGCCCUUAGCCUGCAGACAUGCAGCUGAUGCGCCCAUCUUGAAUGCAAUCAGCAGCGUCUGCCGGCAUGGAGCAGUUUUGCCACAGGAGCGGAUAGCCGUCGGUUCAAGUCGUCACAUUGUGAGCGGGGUUCGAGGGCUUGCGGGAGGUGUUUCCGUCGGUGGGAGGAUGCCCGCGCAAGAGAUAGGGGAGACGGGGACAUGCAGGGUCUGCGAAGGGAAGGCUGAAUCUGGGGAAGCGGCCGGGGGAUCGGCGUGCUGUACUCCGCAAGACGCUUGUGGAACCAUGGUGGAACUCGCGGAUGCGGGCAGUCGCGCAACGGCGCUGUCAAGAAGGUGUCAGUGUGAGGUGAGGUGACGUUCGAUACGAGGAGAGACGAGUACGAGAUGUGAUGGGCUUGAGGCAGUCCCCGAGCCUCGGUUGAUGACUAAGCGGAGAAUCUGCGCCUCCAGCGCUAUCGUGACCC